CCUGUUCGGCCAAUGAACGCUAAACUGGGGGUCGGGUCCAGCGUCAACGGGAAUCUCGUGAAGAACUUGAGAAACUCGGAGAUGCGAAGAAGCUCGGCGGCUGGCUUAACUGCAGCCUCUCAACGACCUCCAUUGCCACCAAAGAUUGAAACACGUUGCCACAGCUACGAUGGGCUACUGGGCGACGAUAAGAAACAAGCCACUGAAGGACAAGACAGGGUAGAUACCGUUAUACCCACCUCCCAAUCAACCAAGGAUACCGCUGAGCCCAUAAAACCUACUGAAGAAUCCGUUAAAGCUAAGAACCGACGAUCUCGAAGCAUGGACGACCUGUUCGACGAUGAUCGUGAUCUAGCCAACUUUCUGGAGAACACCCAAAGUAUGGAGAACUUACAGUCCGAAACCACUCCGGUUGAAUCACCGAUAAAAACCGUAGAAUCACCCGUAAAACUUAUGAACAACAUUUGUUUCAACCGUCGAUUCGUAGAACCUCCUGUUGUGGAGGACACGGCGGCCCGGACGGCUGAUACUGCAUCUCCAGAAUUGUGCUACGAGCAGCCCUGCGAAAACGAAACAAUCACGAUUGACAACACAUUGCCUGUACAUAGCAAAGCCAAGGAAAAAUCCGCUCCCGAAGACGACGUUCUAUCGACAAACUCUUCGUUGAAUUCAUUCGCUUCGUGCAGUGAUAUGGCCACUGGGAGUAAAAAAUCCAACACUCCGUUUAUCAACAAAUAUGUUAAGAAAGUGAAAUCACUGAUGAAAAAGUGAACAAACUUCUACGAACCUCUCGAAUAUCUGGAAGGAUGGGGGGAUAAUUCUCCAAAACGUGAUACGUUCGAGAAACCAAGAGCAUGUUUUACGAAUAUUUAACAAAAAGCUGAUUGUGAUCUUCUAGAACUAUUUUUUAAUGAAUAAUUCAUUUCUGGUAACAACGAAUAUGAAACCUUUUAAAUACUUUUUUCUACGAAAGUGUGUUAUUGUGUACCUGUACAGAAUAGUGUUAAUGCGUAGAUGAAUGUGAAGUUCUUGAUCCUUCUCUAAACCAGUAAAUUGCAUAAUGCUAUUUAUACUGCUUGUUGAACUUUACUGCUAUAGGUGUAGUAUGAGAAGAAAUUAAAUGAAUGUGAUUGUUUCGCGAUCGUGCGAGCGACAGUAAAAAGUAAAAUAUAUUAUUUAAAGACAAUGUUAAAUAUGUAAUCGUAAGGAAGCCCUAGUAUUUAUACCAUAGCAAUAGAAGAAAAAUUAUCAAUAGUUAGAAAGUCGUCAUAUUUCCAAUAUUUAUAACCACAAGUUUCAUCUGUUAGAAUUCACGUAAAGUUUUACGUUUCUUCAAGUAAGGUUUCCAAGCAAAGCUAGGUUUUAAUUGAUGUAAAUGUUAUAUCUAAUUGUAUAUCUAUAUUAUUAAGAUCAUAAUAGCUUAUCUGGAUAAUGCCUGCGACGACAUAAUUUAUAUGAUUGUGUAUGC